CCCCUCCCUAAAGCUUGGGGGCGGCCGUGAGGUCGUUGGUGGUCGCCCGGAACCGGCUGCACGUGGAGAGAAAGGGGCGGUGCUUACUUGGUGCCGGCAACCGAGAGGGGCAGGAGCUUCCUGCUCUUGCGCCUCCUGCCGCGGCGUCCUGCUCUUGCGCCUCCUGCGGCGGCGUCCUCCCGACAUGCCGGAGGAGGCGGGCUUCCCGCCGGCCAAGAGAUUCCGGCCGGGCUGUGGGCCUCCGAGCCGCGCCGGUUCCUACCCUCCCGAGAGGCAAGUAGUGAUGCUGCUGACUGCGGGCGGCGGCUGCGGUAGAGGUGGAGGAGGAGGCCGGCGACAGCAGCCGCCCCUGGCCCAGCCCCCGGCCAGUCCCUACCGUGAGGCCCUGGAGUUGCAGCGCCGGAGUCUGCCCAUCUUCCAGGCGCGGGGGCAGCUCUUGGCCCAGCUCCGAAACCUGGACAGCGCGGUCUUCAUUGGGGAAACUGGCUCUGGGAAGACAACUCAGAUCCCUCAGUACCUCUAUGAAGGGGGCAUCAGCCGCCAGGGCAUCAUUGCUGUGACCCAGCCCCGCCGAGUAGCAGCCAUCUCUCUUGCUACUAGAGUGUCAGAUGAGAAGAGAACUGAACUUGGGAAACUGGUUGGUUAUACAGUGCGCUUUGAGGAUGUCACCUCAGAAGACACCAGGAUCAAGUUCCUAACUGAUGGCAUGUUAUUGCGUGAAGCAAUUUCAGACUCCCUGCUUCGGAAGUACAGCUGUAUCAUUUUGGAUGAAGCCCACGAACGGACUAUCCAUACAGAUGUGCUCUUUGGAGUGGUGAAAGCUGCUCAGAAGAGGCGAAAGGAACUGGGGAAACUGCCUCUCAAAGUGAUUGUGAUGUCAGCUACCAUGGAUGUGGACCUGUUUUCUCAGUAUUUCAAUGGAGCCCCUGUCCUCUACCUGGAAGGUCGGCAGCAUCCAAUCCAGAUUUUUUACACCAAACAGCCUCAGCAUGAUUACCUACAUGCAGCUCUUGUCUCGGUCUUCCAGAUCCACCAGGAAGCCCCUUCUUCUCAGGACAUACUAGUGUUCCUCACUGGUCAGGAGGAGAUCGAAGCAAUGAGCAAGACCUGCCGAGACAUCGCAAAACACCUCCCUGAUGGCUGCCCUGGGAUGUUAGUCCUUCCUCUGUAUGCCUCCUUGCCCUAUGCACAGCAGCUCCGAGUCUUCCAAGGGGCCCCUAAGGGCUAUCGCAAAGUGAUCAUUUCAACCAACAUCGCUGAAACCUCCAUAACCAUUACAGGAAUAAAAUAUGUAGUUGACACGGGCAUGGUUAAAGCAAAGAAGUAUAACCCUGACAGUGGUCUCGAGGUGUUAGCUGUGCAACGUGUGUCAAAGACUCAGGCCUGGCAGCGCACAGGGAGGGCUGGCAGAGAGGACAGUGGCAUCUGUUACCGGCUGUACACAGAAGAGGAGUUUGAGAAGUUUGAGAAGAUGACUGUGCCAGAGAUCCAGAGGUGUAACCUGGCAAGUGUGAUGCUUCAGCUUCUAGCUAUGAAAGUCCCAAAUGUGCUCACCUUUGACUUCAUGUCCAAACCAUCUCCAGAUCACAUUCAGGCGGCCAUUGCCCAACUGGACCUGUUAGGUGCUCUUGAACAUAAGGAUGACCAGCUUACACUGACUCCAAUUGGAAGAAAGAUGGCAGCAUUUCCUUUAGAGCCCAAAUUUGCCAAAACCAUCCUUCUAUCCCCCAAAUUCCACUGUACAGAAGAAAUUCUGACCAUCGUUUCCCUGCUGUCUGUGGACAGUGUUCUCUAUAAUCCUCCUGCCCGGCGGGAUGAAGUGCACGGUGUCCGGAAGAAGUUCAUAUCCAGCGAGGGGGAUCACAUCACCCUGCUCAAUAUUUAUCGGACUUUCAAAAACAUAGGUGGAAAUAAGGACUGGUGCAAAGAGAAUUUUGUGAACAGCAAGAAUAUGCUGUUAGUAGCUGAAGUGAGAGCACAACUGAGGGAAAUCUGCCUAAAGAUGUCAAUGCCAGUCAUGUCAUCACGAGGAGACAUGGAGAGCAUCCGCCGCUGCUUGGCUCACAGCCUCUUUAUGAGCACUGCUGAGCUCCAGCCUGAUGGUACUUAUGCCACCACGGACACCCACCAGCCAGUGGCCAUCCAUCCCUCAUCUGUCCUCUUCCACUGCAAGCCAGCCUGCGUCGUAUACACUGAGCUGCUGUACACCAACAAGUGCUACAUGAGAGACCUCUGCGUCGUGGAUGCUGAGUGGCUGUAUGAGGCUGCCCCUGAGUACUUCAGGAGAAAGCUGAGAACCACCAGAAACUGAGCUGCCCCAGGCUGUGGCACUGUGGCUGUGCCUGGAGCUUGGACCACAGUGGCCUCGUGGCAUACUCCCAGGCUGGCACCUCGAGAAGCUGUGAGUUUCAGCACAGCUAUAUGUGCCUAAUCUCCAGAGGCUUGAAAUCAUCUUUGCUGAAACUCCUCAGACUGAACUGUGUAGAUGUGUACAUAUCAUUUCAACCUUGGGCAUUUCAGAAUUAUGCUUUUGGUCCACGGUGGGUGACUUUGGGUAACUUAGUUAAUUCGUGAGCCUCAAUUGGAGAUAAUAAUCAUACUAACUUAUAAGAUUGGUGUCAUGAAGUUGAGAGAAAAUGAAUGGAAAAUUACCUAGAGCUUUGCCUGACACAGAUACACACAUAGUAAAUUAUGAGCCAUUAUGCAUAAUGUUACUGUUUUCUAUCUGAUGUGAAUUAAGUACAACAAGAUACCAUGAGUUCUUGUGACUGACAGGCAUGGAGCUUGGAUGUUGUCCUUGAUUCUAUUUAAUGUCAUUCUUUAUACAGCUUUAAAGUAGAAACAUAAGAAAUUGACUUCUGUAGAAGUUUCAAGAGGGAGGUGCUGUUGUCUCUUAUCUCCUGGGAUGGCCAUCCCUACUGAGCCUCAUGUCUCAGGGUGCAGACUAGUCUUUGCCCAUCUCGAACCAGAGAUCAGUGAAGGAGUCUCUUGGCCCUUGGCGCAUGUCCACAUCAGUGCUUUCAGGAGACAUGUAAGUUACUUGGGUGAAAGUUGAUUGUACCUUCUGAAUCAUGUCAGAUGUAGACACAAGAAACCAACCUGUUGGUGUAGUAGUCUCCUUACACACCCAGUUGUCAUUUUUCUCUUUAACUGAGCACCUAUAAAUGUGUGCACAUGAAGAGUAAUUCUGUGCUCUGUUUCAACUGUUUCUCUGUGAGCAGGGCCCCUGGUCAGAGGUGCUGGGGGUAAGAGGGAAGGAAGAGGUUCAUGGUCAGUGAGAACCCAGAGGGCAUCUACUCCUCCCAUUCACCACAACUGGCUGUUAUAGUCUUGUAUCUUGUUGAUUUUCUGUCUUUUUUUCUUUAUAGGGACAUGGGGACAUCUGGCUUUGCAGAUGUCUCUAACCUUCAUUGUCUACAUUUGUCAGAGGGAAUUUGAGGAUCUACACAGUCUCUUCCUACUGGGGAAAGACUAAAGGUUCUUAUUAGCUAGUUUAUAUCAAAAGCAAAUAAUCUUUCCCCGGAGAAUGCUUGGACCUAGAAGCAACCAAGAUUAAGCAUGAUAAAAGUUGUGCUUAAUUGUUCCAAAAUGCAAUUUUGUCAUUACUUUACAUAGUGAAUUGCACAAUCCAUUAAGCAGGGG